UAUAUAAGAAAAUGUCAAAUUGUGAUAAAACUUAUGAGUUGUAGAGAUUGUUUAGAGAGAAUCUUAGUUUUGAGUUAUUCUCUAACGUUGAAAACUUUAUACCUUCUCGUCACACCAAAUCCAAACCAAUGGGCAAAAUAUUUAUUGAAAUCUGUUUGAUAUCAGCACGACAACUUCUUGUUGGAUCCGGAUUUGGAUCCUCACUACUGAAACACCAAUGGUUCGCUGUUGGAUGGAUCGAUCCAGAAGAAAAGUAUUGCACCACAAUCGAUGAUUCAAGAUCAGACAACCCUCUUUGGAGAACAAAGUUCAUUUCUUCACUCGACGAUGAUGGUGAUUCCAAGAUUCAUGCCUUGAACGUUGAGGUUUAUAGCAGAGAACCAAUCUUCUUAACGAAGAAGCUUCAUGGCUCUGCUACUGUUCCCUUGAAGGAGUUUCUUGCUAUGUAUAAGAACCAGAGUUCUUCUAGUUCUGUUUUUGAGGAAACCAGAAGCUAUCAGCUCAGGAAGCAGAACUCAAGUAAGGCUCAAGGGUUUGUUGAUGUGUCGGUCCGUGUAUCUGCUGAAAGACAAGACUUUGGAGGUUUUACUGGAGAUUUUGGAGGAGUCAUGCUCUCUAACAACUCAAGUUACAUGGCCGGUUCAUCACAGCAUCCAUUUGCUUCAUUGAACCAGCCAAACAAUCCAAACUCAUUCUCAGCCCCGCCAAAUAACCACCACUCACCAAUGCCUAAUUUUCUAACGAGCAACGCUUGCCCACAAAUGCAACAACCUUACUAUCCUCCUCCACCGAUGCAGCAACCUUACUAUCCUCCUCCUCCACCAAUGGAGCAACCUUACUAUCCUUCUCCUCCACCGAUGCAGCAACCUUACUACCCUCCUCCACCUAUGCAACAACCUUACGAUCCAUCUGCACCAAUGCAGCCACCACCACCACCAGCAGGCUACAUGCCUUCAUACAUGUCGAGGUUGGAGAACGCUGUGAACGUUCCAUCAUCCUCAUCAUCUGGAGGAGCAGGAAGAGGAGCAAGGCCUGGACCAGGACUGGGAGCUGGUGCAGCUUCUUAUGGCAAGGACUAUAUCUCAGGAGCAGAGCCGGACGGGAAGUUUUCGGGGCCCUAUACAAAAUAAAAAAAAAUUACUGAUGAAUUAUUUAUUAUUGAUUUAUAAAUUUUGCAAGUUUCUUUUAAAACAAUUAGUAUAAAAUUGAUUCAAAUAUCAAUUAUACCAAUAUAAAGUUUAUCUAAUAUUUUAUAAUCAUUUCCAAAAACUAAAAUUUUAUAAAUUACAUUUUUACCUACUUUUUUAAUGAAUAUUUAUUUUAUAUACUAUUAUAUCAAAAUUUAUAUAUACAUAUACAGAUUUUUCUGUUUAAAGUGUGGCCUCAUAAAAUGGGAUCCUCAUUCAAAUGUUUCAAAUAAAUAUGUCCAAGCCUGGCUCUGGUCAGGAGGAUUCGACUUAUCUCUCCCAAAUAUUUCUAUCCCAAAUGGCUCCAUUUCCAUUGAUACUCCAUUGGGUCACACUCUUGAGUUGUAAAAUGGCAACAAGGCUUGUGAGAUUAUCUGAAAAAUUAUAAGACUAUAUAUGUAUUUGAUAUGAUAAGAGGUCCCAUUUGGUUUCUUAGGGAAUUUGAUCGAACUGUUAUUACUUUCUAUAUGGUGUUGUUAGAAUAUUUACAUAACAUGAUGUUUAUUAGCAAAUUAAUGGGUAUGAAUCUUGACAUGUAGCUCUACGUACAUAGUUCCUAGCAAUAAUAAUGUAGGUCCUACACCAUUUCCAUGUAAAAAAAAAGUUCGAUAAUAAGUUAAUAACCAAUGAAAAUUAAUUUAGCAAAAAAAAAACCAAUGAAAAUUAAAUAGGAGAGGACUGAGGCCUUUGAUGUCAGGAAAGGCCCGAAGAAAAUCUUAGGCUUAUGUCAUACCUUAGAAGACAGGUUUUAUGGACCUGAAAAAAGUUAUAAGUCAUGCCAUAGAUCCAACAACCGAAUUUAUAUUCAACUAGUAUAGGAUCUUUUCAAAAUUUGCAUUUUCGAAAAGUACUACACUUGUAUAUCAACGGAGGUUAUAAAAUGACCCGUAUACAAUAGAUUAAGAAGAUUAAUUUAUCUUAUAAAAAUUAUAUACAUAAGUUAAUGUUUUCAACCAUUCCAAAAACUAAAUUGAGCUUAUAUACCACCAAAGAAAAACCUCUAAGGUAGAUAAAGUAAUAUGUAGUAUUGUAUUGAUCUAUGAAAAUGAGAUUAGGUACAUUGAUAUUUCACGAUCAAUGUUCAAGAAAUGGCUAUGAGGUUGUUAGGAUUAGACGGACGCAUAUACCGAUUUUUUUGAACUCUUUUGAAAAAAUAUUUAAUUCAAACCCAAUUUGCUGACUGGGGGGAUUCUACCUAUACAGAGACUAAACCGAUUUUAGAACACUGUUCACAGUACAAUAAUUUCAACAGUAACAGUAAUGCUAUUAUCCUUAUAAAUUAAUAAUCAUUUUGUAGAUUAUAAGUGCAAUAGAUUUGUCGAGUUUUCUUUGUUUUUUGAUGUUUGCUGGGUUGUAUGUUCUAGGACAUCGUUUUCUCAUUUCAUUAAUGAAAAAAAUCUAAGUUGGAAAAAAAAAAGAUUUGUCGAGCUUUUAUAAAUGUACUUUUUGAAACAUGUUAAGGUAUCAU